AUGUCCUCAGCCAACGGUGCAGCCGACACUGGCGAGCUGUCCGAGAACCAGCAGACGGCUCUUCAAACUUACAUGACCGUGACUGGCCAAGAACCCGUUUCAGCUAUCCCUUUGCUUCAGCGAUCACAAUGGAAUGUCCAGAUCGCCAUUUCCAAGUUCUUCGACGGCGAGGGCCCUGAUCCAGUCGAGGAAGCCCGCGCUGCUCUGAACGCUCCACAGGAUAUCCGACGCACCCAGAACCUGAUGUACGAUGAUGAUGAUGGUCCGCCCCCGCGCUCCCCUCCUCAGCCAACCCAAACGACUGGUCUCCAGCCCGCUCCUCGCAUUGAUACGCAACCCGAGGAUCAACCAGCUUUCCGACCUCCUUUAAUACUGAGCUUGUUAUUCUCACCGUUCAAUCUACUCUACCGUAUUCUGUUCAGCUCUUUCCGUCUUUUCGGGACUCUAUUCCCCUUCUUGCCACGAUGGCUCAAUAUCGCUACAAACUCGUCCUUACAGGGCACUCGAAAUACAAGCGGCCGGAGGGCAUUGGGCCCGAAAGACACAGCUGCUCGAUUCAUUCGAGAGUUUGAGGAAGAAUAUGGAAGUCACCCUUUACCCUUUAUGGAGAAUGGCUAUAACAUGGCACUGGAGCGAGCCCAUCGAGAAUUAAAGUUUCUUGUAGUAGUCUUGUUGUCACCAGAGCAUGAUGAUACGACCACCUGGGUCAAGGAAACCUUACUAUCGAACGAAGUUGCAGAAUACAUAAAUGAUCCCAGCAAUGAGAUUCUAUUGUGGGGAGGCAAUGUUCAAGACUCGGAAGCGUUCCAGGUCGCCAAUUCCUUGCGCUGCACCAAGUUCCCAUUCGCCUCCGUGGUUGUCCAUACACCAAACACCGGCUCCAAUGCCAUGUCCAAUAUUGGCAGAAUCCCUGGAAAUACAACCCCUUCAGAAUUUCUAUCAAAACUCCGUACCGUUAUAUCCCAAAACAAAGAUCCUCUUGACCGUGUACGCUCCCGGCGAGCCGAGCAACAGGCUUCCCGGACCUUGCGCCAGGAACAAGACUCUGCCUAUGAACGAUCUCUAGCCCAAGACCGUGAACGAGCACGCCAGCGCCGCGAAGCGGAAGCUGCACAACAGCGCGCCGAGGCCGAAGAAGCCGCACGUAUCGCGGCCGAAGAAAAGCGAGCCAGCGAUUUCCAACAGUGGAAGAAAUGGCGUGCGCAAUCUCUACCCGCUGAACCUGGAGCCGAUGUCAAGGAUAUCGUCCGCAUCAGUAUUCGGCUGCCCUCAGGUGAGCGUGUGAUUCGGAAGUUCCUCGCUGAUGCCGAGCUCGAGGAAGUCUAUGCCUUUGUCGAAUGCUAUGAUUUACUGCAGACUGCCCAAGAAUCUGAGUCCGUGCCAGAGCCGGAAGGGUUCGAGCAUAAAUAUGGAUUUAGAUUGGUAUUGCCCAUGCCUCGUACUGUCUACGAAGUUGGAGAUGGUGGAAGUGUGAAAGAAAGGAUUGGACGGAGUGGUAACCUCCUAGUUGAAUCCAUCGAUGUUGACGACGAGGCAGAUGAGGCAGAAUAG